GGACACUAAAAGCCCGACCCAACCCUAAUCACCCCUAGUUUGAAUCCUUCCCAUCCCACAAACAAGUGCUCGAAUAUCAAAAUUGCAUUUUUGCCUCCCCUUCUCAGUUCUCAAUUCUCGUUUCCUCUUGCUAGUAUCUUAAAAAAUAAAAUUAACAACUUGGGGUCUUUUUUGGUCCACUGGUACUUUUUAGAGCAAAUCAUUAGGUGGGUUUUUAAUUUUUGGGUUUUUCGGUAAAUAGAGAGAUUGAUGGUAAAAAUGGAGAUUGAAAGAUUACUGAGAGUGACAUGGGUAGCUGCAAUUCUACCCAUAUUAAUCGCUUCUUUCCCAUCUUCAUAUCUCAAUUCUUUCCAUCACACUCUUCUUGUUUUUGCUGGUCGUGGCAAGAUCUUGCAGUCUUCGUCUCGUUUCAGUAAACUCACAGUUCCCCAGAGAUUCUUCUCUCAUUUUUAUGUGUUGGCUGUGGUAUGGACCUCAUUAUUGCUUCUCACUACUUGGGCAUAUGCACAUAAAAUCGGAACAUUGGUUUCUGAGUCAACAUCCCACUCUAGUGUUGCCAGUUACUUGACUGGAGGCUCACAUAUUUUAUCCAUUCAUAAAGCACAUUCAACUGCAUUGGAGCACAACUUCAGCGUUUGGCGAUCAGUCUUUCUUCUUUUAUUGAUGGAAGCUCAAGUAUUUCUUCGCCUAUACGAGUCACUACGCGUAUUUAAUUACAGUGGUACAGCUCGUAUGCAUAUCUUGGGAUAUUUGACGGGUUUCUUCUUCUACACGGCAGCACCACUGUCCCUUUCCUGCAAUUGUGCACCAGAGGCGUAUUCCUUUGUAGCAAACAGAGUUUCUGAAUUCAUUGUGAAUGGAAAGAAUCACAUGCCGCCUCUUGAAUUUCAUUGGUUGGAAUAUCUCAGUCCUCUUCUGAAGCUUGGUUGGCUCCAAUGGAUAGGAGCAGUCAUUUUUUUCUUUGGUUGGCUUCAUCAGCGUCGCUGUCAUGCCAUUCUUGGAAAUUUGCGGGAAGUGAAGGAACAAGCUAAUGAUUACCGAAUCCCUCAUGGUGACUGGUUCGAGAUUGUUUCUUGUCCACAUUAUCUUGCUGAGAUUGUUAUAUAUGCCGGGCUUGUGGUUGCUAGCGGAGGCCUAGAUCUGACACUGUGGUUAAUAUUUGCAUUUGUGGUGGUCAAUCUUGUAUUUGCAGCAGCAGAGACGCACAGGUGGUAUCGGCAAAAAUUUGACAACUACCCAAACAAUCGCUAUGCUAUUAUACCCUUUGUUUAUUGACAAUCAUAAUGUUACAUUUGUUUUUUGAUCCAUAUGAGCCACGAAGGCAGUACAUAAUGUUACAUUUGUGCUGAUAAACUACUGAAGAAUGUUUAUGAAAUCAGGUUGUAACUCUCAUUUUAAGAGAAAUAGUGUAUAGAAAUAUGCUCACAGUUUAUGAACUUC